AUUCUGCAUUUGGUUUCAGCUUUGAGUGUAGUGGCUGUUCUCACGGCUGCGAAGAAUGACGUCAAGAGGUGCUGGGACAGCCUUUGUCCGGAAGAACUACAGGCUGAGUACUGAGCUGGAAAAGCCUAAGGUUACAGGAAUAGUGAAUAGCAAACUGCUGAAUACCUAUCUGCAUCGUGUCUUUCCCAGUGCUGAUGGGAACCUGCCAGCAGCAGCUUACAGAAAACCCCUGACGUUCCAGAACCUGCAGGAGCACCUUGAUCGUUUGCUAGCAGAGGACAGUGGUUCUGAUGACAGUGGAGAUCAGAUGAUAGAUGGGCGCCUUGGGCCUCCUACUGUGGUGUUGGACCACACAAGUGGUUUUGAAGGGCUCCUGCUGGUUGAUGAUGAUCUUCUUGGGGUGAUUGGCCACAGUAACUUUGGCUCCAUCAGGGCCACAACCUGUGUGUUUAAAGGGAAAUGGAUCUACGAGGUGCUCAUUUCCUCCCAAGGCCUCAUGCAGAUUGGCUGGUGCACGCUCAACUGCAGGUUUAAUCAGGAGGAGGGGGUCGGAGACACUCCAGACUCAUAUGCAUAUGAUGGAAACAGAGUACGCAAAUGGAAUGUAACUACCACCAACUAUGGCAAAUCCUGGGCAGCAGGAGACAUUGUCACCUGUUUGAUUAACCUGGAUGAAGGGACCAUUGCUUUCUGCCUGAAUGGUACAUCUCUGGGGACAGCUUUUGAUAACAUCACCAGAGGAGCUGGUAUGGCUUACUUCCCUGCAAUCAGCCUCUCAUUCAAGGAAUCUGUUGCUUUUAACUUUGGCAGCCGUCCACUCCGUUAUCCAGUGGAGAGUUAUCGCCCCCUACAGGACCCGCCUUGCACAGACCUGGUAAAGGCGCACAAGCUGUUGGGCUACCUGAAGAACGUUAUUCGCUUUGGGAUAGAUGUGGCGGAGGGGAAGCUGGUGGAGAAAGAUAUUUCGACAUGGCAGCUGCAGGGAGAGCCCACAGUGCUGAUUACCCUUGCACACAUCUUUAACCACUUUGCCCCUCUCAUGUGCAAAGUGUAUCUGGUGGAAGAUGUGCUCAUGAACUUCCUGCUGAGUAUCUUGGAGCAGGGUGGGGCAGUAGAAGCACAUCCUCUCAUCCAACAAUUACUGGAUCUCAUGUGGCUUCUUAUGGAGGAGUAUGAAGUGCAUGAAUGCCUCAAGCAACUGCUGAUGUCCCUGUUGCGGGCAUACAGGUUCUCUCCCAUUGUCCCAGACCUAGGCUUACAGAUUCACUAUCUCCGUCUCACCAUUGCAGUUCUGAAGCAUGAGAAAUCUAGGAAAUAUCUGCUCAACAAUGUCCUCUUUGAUGUGCUUCGUUCUGUUGUGUUCUUCUACAUUAAGAGCCCCCUGCGUGUGGAAGAAGCUGGUCUGCAGGAGCUCAUUCCUACCACCUGGUGGCCAAACCGCUUCACCAAAGAGGGUAAGGAAAGCAAGGAGGUGAAGGAAGAGAGUGCUGAGGAGAGGCUGAGACGGCGUGCGUAUGAGAGAGGUUGCCAGCGGCUCAAGAAACGCAUUGAAGUGGUGGAGGAACUCCAGGUUCAAAUACUGAAGCUGCUGCUGAACAACAAAGAUAGAGGAGGGGGAGAAGCCUCCAGAUAUAUCUUUCUUAACAAGUUCCGCAAGUUCCUUCAGGAAAAUGCCAGCAACCGAGGGAAUCUGACUGUGCUCUGCCCACCAGAAUAUAUGGUAUGCUUCCUACACCGGCUCAUCUUGGCCUUGCGCUUCUACUGGGAUGACCACAAGGCAAAGACCCCUGCAGCCUUAAACAGUGAAGAGGCAUAUGUUCCUCCUCAGCUUUUUUAUAAUGGCAAAGUGGAUUACUUUGACCUUCAGCGACUUGGGGGCCUCCUGUCUCAUCUCAAGAAGACCUUGAAAGAUGACCUGGCAGCAAAGGCCAAUAUCUUGAUUGAUCCUGCGGAGCUGCAGGCUGUAACUAUGGAUGAUCUUGAUGAAGAUGAAGAAUCAGCAGUGUCAAUGAUGCAGUCUCAGCGCCCAGCUGCUGCGCUGGCCGUCGGGGGUGCCCUGGCGAGGCCCAGCUGGCUCAGCUCACCCACACUGGGUCGUGCCAACCGCUUCCUCAGUACAGCAGCUGUCAGCCUUAUGAAUCCACGGCGGCCCCUGGGCUCUCUGGAGAAGAUUAAAGUCCGUACACUGAGUGUAGAGCAGAGAACGGAGGAUGAUAUUGAAGGCAGCCAUGGAAAUGAAGGUCUGUUACUGGGCAGACCCCCUGAGGAGCCAGAGAACCCUGUCACUGAGAACUCCCUUCUGGAAAUUCUGGAUGGAAUAGUGAUGAUGUAUAACCUCAGUGUCCACCAGCAGCUUGGUAAGAUGGUGGGUGUGUCAGAUGAUGUGAAUGAAUAUGCUAUGGCACUGAAAGACACGGAGGAGAAGAUCAGUCGCUGUCCAAAGAGGAGGAGGGAUAUCCAUGAAGAGCUGCUGAAAAGUCAAAAGGUUUUCUCAGAGAAACUGAACCACCUGAGCCGUCGCCUAGCCUGGAUCAACGUCACCAUCUAUUCCAAGGAGAAGAUGCAGGAUAUAUACUGGCUACUUCGUGUGUGCAUCCGCACCAUCGAGCAUGGUGACAGGACAGGCUCACUUUUUGCCUUCAUGCCAGAAUUCUACCUGAGUGUGGCUAUGAAUAGCUACAGUGCACUGAAAAACUACUUCAGCCCUGUCAACAGCAUGGAGGAGCUCCCAGGCUAUGAAGAGACUCUUACACGCCUUGCUGCCAUUUUGGCCAAGCACUUUGCUGACUCAAGGAUCGUGGGCACGGACAUCCGAGACUCAUUGAUGCAAGCACUGGCCAGUUAUGUGUGCUACCCCCACUCGCUGCGGGCUGUGGAGAGGAUUCCAGAGGAACAGCGAAUAUCCAUGAUGAAAAACCUGCUGGCCCCAUAUGAGCAACGGCCUUGGGCACAGACCAACUGGAUUCUUGUGCGGCUCUGGCGGGGCUGUGGCUUUGGGUACAGAUACACACGGCUCCCUCACCUGCUGAAAACCAAGCCUGAAGAUGCCAACCUCCCUAGCUUGCAGAAACCAUGUCCCUCCAUCCUACUGCAGAGGCAUAUGGCAGAUCUACUGCGUAGUGACCGUAAUUUGGCACCCAGCUUCCUCAACAGUGUCCUUAACCAGCUUAACUGGGCUUUCUCUGAAUUCAUUGGGAUGAUUCAGGAGAUCCAACAGGCAGCAGAACGCCUGGAGAGGAACUUUGUGGACAGCCGCCAGCUGAAGGUGUGCGCAACAUGCUUUGACCUUUCUGUGAGCUUACUCAGGGUAUUGGAAAUGACUGUCACAUUGGCCUCUGAGAUUUUCCUUGAUUGGAGCCGUCCCUCAUCAGAGCUGCUACUCAGGAGGCUUGCACAGCUGUUAAAUCAGGUACUGAAUCGCGUGACAGCUGAGCGGAACCUGUUUGACAGAGUGGUCAAUCUCCGGCUGCCAGGGUUAGAGAGUGUGGAUCACUAUCCAAUCCUUGUGGCGGUGACAGGGAUCCUGGUUCGACUCCUUGUGGACACUGACAUCCAAGGGGCUGAGCGGGCGACGGCUGUGCUUCUGGCAGACCCCUGCUUCCAGCUGCGCUCCAUCCAAUACUUGCUUGGCCAUGCAGAGCCAUCAGUACUGGCAGCUGCACCAUCCUCAGCAGACAAGAGACAUUUCUCCCUGCACAACUACACAGACUACAUCAGCCCAGAGGAACUGGCCAAGGUGGAUCAGAUGCUGAACCACCUAAAUGAAGAGUCCAAGCAGGCAGCUGCUGCCAUACUGCCUACCAGUGAAGAGGAUCUGUGUCCUAUCUGCUAUGCACACCCCAUCUCUGCUGUCUUCAGGCCAUGUACCCACAAAUCCUGCAAAGCCUGCAUUAACCAGCACCUGAUGAACAACAAGGACUGCUUCUUUUGCAAGGCCACCAUCACAGGUGUAGACGACUUCACUAAACCAGCCAGCUCCUAGCAUGUGGCUCUGCUGCAGGGCCUGCCAGAUCCUCGGGGGCCCUUUCACUUCACUUAACCGAAGGGCUCAACUGCCCAGCUUUGGUUUAUUUAUAAGCUCUAAUGUUGCCAAGGGGCUACUGUACCCAGGCCCAGUCACUGCCCUGUGCCUAGCACAGUGCCUGCUUUCCUUCUCCUGCUAGUAGGCUCUUUACAGAGGUGGGACUGUGAGCCAGGUCUAUGGCUUCCAGCUUCCUCUGGUAGUCUAAUCAGAAAUAAGGGCCUCCCUCCUCAGGAUGCCUGUUCUAUAAAGCAAGAGCUCUAGCCACCCCAGGGGCUAGGUCUAAACUAGGCAGGGUUAAUCCCAAUUCAACCUCCAAAGGCUGGAGUCUGGUUUCCUCCUGCUUCUCCAGCCAUCUGUCCUGCUGCCAUUACCAUUUGUAGGUGAAAUUGCCUGUUUGAGUUGGUAGAUCUUAAAUGCUAGCAGGUAACUCCAGGUAGCAAACAUGCCAAGGCAAUGGCAUCUGGGCAAAGGGGAGGAAAGAAUGGGCCUCGGGUGUUGUUGCUGGGGGGUAGAGGUCAUAGUCAUUACUAAUCCAGUUGUUCUGGGCCUGACAGGAUAGGGCUGAGUUCAGCAUCUCAUUUGUCAUUGUUUCUGUGAGAAGCAGAGGUGCCAUCAUCCUGUAGUCCAAGGUGAGAGCCUUCUACCAGCAGCCUCAGCUUCCCAGCCCCCAGGCUAUAAAGAUUCAGCAGGCAGACUGGUUUUGUCCCGUGCUGUUAUUGGAAGCUUUGUCUAGGAAACAGAGGAGAUCUUGUUCCUGCUGGCGCAGACCUAGGGCUCAGUUGCAGUGGUGCUUAGUGCUAUGGGCUGUGUGGUGUGUGUGUGACAUGUAAUAAGCAAUAGCAUGUGAUGUGUGGCAAGCCUCAUUCCAGGCACUAAGCCAUGGUAGGGAUCUUUAAGUUAUGUGCAUCUGUACUGUGUUUGACUUGCCCCUAAGGUGGGGCACUAUGUCUAUGGAAUGGAGCAUUAAAUUAUUAUUCUUCUGUA